GAAGAAUAUACGAAUAAAGAAGCCGAAUGAGGAACAGUCUUUAGUAUCAGAUGAUUUAACGGUGUUAUGUGCAUUGAAACAGUAGAAAAUUUAUUAUUCAUGACCAGUCUAUGUGCUUGGUCGCAAGUCAUAAUAUUGUGCCAUACGUGAUAUUCUGGCCAGUAGAAUCUUUUACGUUUGGAUACUCGAGUUGAUGAUGUGGUUCUUGUGGACUUUAGGUGAAUAUAUGGACAGAUUAUUUUCAAGAAACUCAAACGGAACAACAUGGCAAUAAUGGCUGAAUCAAACAAGGAAGAAAAUAAAAAUAUGGAAAUCAAGAAAGAAGCUACUUCCAUUGACAAAGAGAAAAAACAGGAAAAACAAAGAACAGAAUCGAUAACGAGUAAAUGGAAGAAAAAAUACCGACUCAUAAUAGAUAACGUAACAGUAGAGCCAAUGCUAGCCCUAUAUAUAAUACCUAGCGUUUUUGCUAGUUUGGCGACACAAAACCUGAGUCUUGAAAAAGCUUGUAGGGUGAACUUGAACUAUCCUACUUAUGUAUGUGAUGCUUUAAGCGCUAGAGAAACAUCGAAUUAUACAAAAGAAGAAAACGCUGUGCAAGAAUUGGUGGCUUCUAUGUCAGUGUGGAAAACAAUGCUCCAAAGCGCUUUACCGGCCUUUUUGAUCAUGUUUAUUGGUUCAUGGAGUGACAGGUGGGGCAGGAGAAAACCAUGCAUGCUUUUGCCUAUAAUUGGAGAAUUCUCUACAGUUAUUGGACUCUUGAUAUGCUCGUAUUUCUUUUAUGAGCUGCCUAUGGAAGUGAAUGGAAUCGUAGAAGGACUCUUUCCAGCUUUAACUGGAGGUUGGUUCACUAUGUUCAUGGGAGUAUUCAGCUUCAUGGGUGAUGUGACAACAGUUGAGCGAAGGACAUUGCGAAUAGGAAUAGUGAAUGUUAUUUGCUCCCUAGGUAUACCAAUAGGACUUGCAUUGAGUGGAGUGAUGUAUAAAAAAAUUGGAUUUUAUGGAGUGUUUUCUUCUUCGGCUAUAAUGUAUAUUAUUGCGUUGUAUUAUGGCGUGACUACGAUUAAAGAGAAGGAAAAAGUGAAUUUACCAGUUUUAGAUGAUAAGCCUCUGGCUUUUGUCCGAGAUUUCUUCAAUGUGAAACAUCUCUAUUAUACAUUUGAGGUGGCCUUCAAGAGAGGCGAAAACCAAAGGAGAAAAAAGGUCAUUCUACUGAUGUUAGUUGUCAUGGUUGUGAUUGGACCGAUGCAUGGUGAAAUGGCUGUGACGUACUUGUUCACCAGGUAUCGCUUCAAUUGGGAUGAAGUUGACUACAGUAUUUUUUCUACGUAUUGUAUGGUGACGAAUUUGAUUGGUACUUCAAUUUCAGUCGGUGUUUUCAGUCAUAUGAUGAAAAUAGAUGAUGCAAUUGUAGGUAUAUACUCGUCCAUCAGUAAAAUUUUAUCAAGCUUCGUAUAUGGAUUUGCGAAAACAUCAUUUGUUUUUUAUUUAGGAGCUAUAGUAGAAAUAUUGAAUGGAACUUCCUUCAUAGCAAUGAGAUCUAUUGCGUCUAAACUUGUUUCUUCGGAAGAAUUGGGUAAAGUUAAUUCUCUGUUUGGAGCAUGUGAAGCAUUGAUGCCACUUAUUUAUGGUCCGAUGUACAGUGGAACUUACGCUGCCACUCUAAAUAUUAUGCCUGGACUGUUCUUCAUAUUGGGUGGUAUUCUGACAAUACCAGCAGUGAUAAUUUUCGGCUGGAUGUAUGUCCAAAACCGAAAAACUUUGAAAGCUAAUGAAACUAAAGAUUUGGAAGUAGCUAAUCAGCCAGAAGAAUCGGCCCUGAAAGACGUGAUACUCAAUUCAGCAGCAACAAAAGUGCAAAUUGGAUCUCCCAUAUUGGAUGCUAAAAGCCAGAACGAAAUAUCGGAGAAAGAAGGUGUAACCAAUCCAGCGUUCGAAGGAGAAAAUCAUUGACUAGAUAGAAUGUGAUAAAAUGUGAUAUGAAAUAAAAUAUAAGUAUUAGGUUUACCCACCACAAGUCCAUGAAGGAUUAGUUUUACUUCUACUUUCUGUUUUAUAGAAAAAAUAUUUCAUGGAUAUUUAUAUAGGUCAGAGUAUUUUCUUUCAGAUGAUCUUUAUCCGACCAAGACUUAUCUUCUUCAACAGUAUUGAUAUCAUAUGUGUUGUACUUAUAUGUCUAUAUUUUUAUUAGCUGUAGUUAUUCACGAAUUAUUGUAAGAUUUAUUUCAUGAGCUCAAAUCUAGCAGAAAAUUAUUGAAAUUUCAAUCGAACAGAAUUGAAAUUUUUAUAACUAGAUUUUGAGCUCAUACUGAGCACCUAAAGCCGAACUGAAAUAUUCUUCUUGUUGUAAUUAUUUCUUUAAGUAUUUCAUUAUAAGUUUCUUGAAUAUUUCCUCUAAUCGUUUAGUAAUAACUAUUUAUGGAUAUUUAAUAAGACAAGAACAGAAAA